AUGGACGGCUCCGCGCGCGUGCUCGCUUUGGCUCUCGCCGCACUCGCGCUCGCCGCACGCGCUCACAUGCCAUCACACGAUAACAUACUCAGAGUUCAACUGUGGGAUGCUGAGGGACUGAGUCGGGACCCUAUCACCUCCCAAAAUCCGGACUCCAUUGCUCCAAAUCAUCGCAAACUAAAAGUCAACGUAAACUCGUUAUUCGACGCUAUGAUGAAAGAGUCGGAACACGAAGUAGGUAGAUUCGCGAGACACAAAGUCAGACAUAAGCGUCGAAGGCCUAGGCAUAGCGGUUCCGAUCUGCCUUGGAGAUUUCACUCUGGAGACAGUUUGAUGAACGUCGCUGUGUACGAUGACAGCGUGCCCUGGGACGUUAUUGAGGCAAGGAGCUCUGGCAACUAUGCAGAGACGGUGAAUGCGAGUGCAGUGAGUGAUUCAAGUGCCGGUACUCAAGUGAAUAUGCCACGAGACGUGUCGCCGCCAAUGAAACUGCGCCAGGACCAGGAGGAUGAAGAUGUGAAAAAACAAUUGCCGGUUGUACCGAAGUGUUGUCCCAGUGGCCAGAAUCUAACAAUUACCUACAAGAAUGGUGUUGCGAAAACAGUGUGCUCUCGGUCGGGCCUCACAUUCCAGCCGAUUUUUCACAAAGCAAACGAAACGCACAUAUGGAGCUACGACAGCAACGUAUUCGAAACUAUCGUUGGCAAUCCAUGCCUAUAUGAAAGAUAUAAAUUAGAUCCCGAGAAAAUAAGCGAAGACGAAUUCUACUUAUUGGUCAACGGUUCGCUCUUUGUGCCGUUCAGUGAACCGCAUUUACUUGGAACAAGAGAUUAUUGUAUGGAGACGUUUUGGAACCAAACGAACCCAGCGGGUAUAACUCUUCCAUUAGUUUGCUUUCGAACCCCUGUAGAGGAAGCGAAGACAUCAGUUACACUGAUAAUUUAUGCUACAGGAUUAAUAAUUUCGGUACCAUUCCUCUUAGCGACCGCGUGCGUUUACACGUUUAUAACAGAGUUAAGGGAUACGCACGGUAAAGCACUGGCUUGCCAUUCUAUUUGUUUGGCUGUAGCAUUCUCGUGCUUGGCCGCUACACAGCUGGCUGGACACGCUUUUCCUUCAACUGUUUGUAAUAUUAUGGCAUAUUCCAUUCAACUGUCAUUUGUGUCGUGUUUCUUUUGGUUGAACGUAAUGUGUUUCGAUACUUUUUUGAACGUGAGGCGAUACAUCAAUGCAUCAGUUAGUAGAAGGAGUAUGAGGCGAAGGUUUGCGUGGUAUUCUGCGUACGCGAUACUCUUACCAGUCUUACUAUUAGUAGUUACACUUACUAUGGAUUUAUCUCCUGCAGUGCCUAGCACUUACCUUAAGCCAAACUUUGGCGUAAAAGGCUGCUGGUUUAAAACUGAUCAAGCGGCUUUGCCAUAUUUUUACGGGCCUGUGGCAGUUAUCCUUCUUAGUAACCUCGUGAUAUUUUUCUUUACUUCACGCGCCUUUGCAGUACAUUAUGAUAAGCUCAAAGACGUAACACCAUUAGAUAUGGCGCACUCAGACAAUAGCACGUCAGAUGACUGGGUGCGACUCAGCACGGUGUUGGGGCAGCCAGUACUUCCGCAGGAACGCGCCGCCUCGCCGCCGAGGGAAAUUGUUGCUAAUUUUAACCAAAGGCUCAAAAAAUAUAAAAAAAUUUUCCGAACAUGUUGCAUCCUGUCGGUCAUCAUGGGGCUGUCGUGGGUGCUGGAGGUGGUGUCGUGGGCGGCAGGCGCAGGCUCGGCCGCCGUGUCCGUGUGGUCCCUAUUUGACCUCAUCAACGCUUUGCAAGGAGUCGUUAUAUUUACCAUUUAUGUACUUCAACAGCCCGUCCGUUCUCAUAUUAAGUUGUCAAAACUCUGCAAAUCAUGUAGAAGAAAAAGAAACGGCUCCGAAGUGGCGGUAGUGAGUGAACGGAACAGCAUAGACUGUGGUCCCGGACGGAGAGACUACGUCUAA